GGCAGUAGUGUCACGUGAGCGGAGCAGCAGCACGCAUCCACCACAGAAGAAGAUGGGCCAUUGAUAAGCGAAGAAACGCCGUAGCUAUCUUGAGCUAGCAAAGUAACGUUAGCUGGAAAUAUUUAGUCGCUUAGCUUAUUUGUUGAAGGAGUUGUAGUGUUUUGUUCUAGGUGGCAUCGAAAAUGAUCCUUACCGUAAAACCCCUUCAAGGAAAGGAAUGCAGUGUUCAGGUGACUGAAGAUGAAAAGGUCUCCACAGUGAAGGAGCUUGUGUCAGACCGUCUCAACAUACCAGCCAACCAGCAGCGUUUGCUCUAUAAAGGAAAAGCGCUUGCAGAUGAACACCGACUGAGUGAUUAUUCCAUUGGGCCAGAGGCUAAAUUGAAUCUGGUCAUCCGUCCAGUGGGGGAGAGAACUGGAGCGUCGGGGACGGCUUCCAGUAGCGGCUGCAGCAGCGCCUCCUCCUCUUCCUCCUCACAAGGAAGAGUGUGGCAGACAGUGUCCACUAUACUUGCUAGACACUUUAGUCCAGCUGAUGCAGCAAAAGUCCAUGAACAGCUUAUUAAGGACUAUGAACGUUCUCUUCGUCAACUUAGUCUAGACGACAUUGAGCGUUUGGCGGGACGACUGCUUCACCCCGACGGCGAAGUCAUGGACACCUCCUACAUGGACUAAGAUUAGCUGGAAGUUGGUCAUUGUCAUUGUCUUUUGAGAAGCGCUCGAUUCUCUGAGGUGCAUACGGUGUUUAGCCUUUGAGACAUUGAAAAAUACAAUAUCCCUUUGCAUUGAGCUGUGUGCCUAAUCAUUGGCUGAGUGAAGACAGAUGCCAGAGACUAUUGAUUAUGUCAGCUAUUGGGCUUUCUUAUGACAAAAGGACGGAUGUUUAAACCGAGCAACUUUGAAUUUUCCAGUGUCUCUGACAUUCAAUCUGAUCAUAUACUAUUUUAAAACAAAGGACUUAAUUUAUGCUGUUGGUUUCACAUAAUCUCUGGCUGCUACAACUCCCAGUGGGCAGCUUCCGGAGGGAUUGUGUUUGUAAUUUCUGUGUCUGAUGGCGUGUUCUGUUAACAGUCCUUUGAAAGGUAACACAUGUUUUUAUUAUGUAACUAACUGAUGGUCAUUGAAUGAUUUGUAAAUAUCAUGUUUAUAUACAUGUACAUUAAACCACAGAAGGAAAAACGUA